CCGCUCUGCCCGCGCCCCGCGGCUCCGGCGCCGCCUCCUCCUCGCUCGGCCUGAAGCGCGCUCGCACUCGCGGAUCCCGGCGGGGAAGGGGCCAUGGGCCGCCUCCCCGAGGCGCGGCGGCUGUGAGCCCGGGGAGAGGCUGCCGGCUGCCGGCCGGGCUGCGCCGGGGAGGGAGCGCCGCUCGCAGCGCCUCGGUGCCGGUGACUUGGGGGUGCCGCUCCCCGCCCGCGCCUGCCCGCGGCGGUGCAUGGAUGCGCCAUGGCCACGCUGGUGUGCCGGGUGCAGCUGCUGGAUGACACCGACCCCUUCAACAGCACCAACUUCCCCGAGCCCACCCGGCCGCCGCUGUACACCUUCCGGGAGGACAUCCCGCUCGCCACCCAGCUGGCCGGGGUGCACCGCCUGCUCCGCGCCCCGCAGAAGCUUGAUGACUGCACCCUUCAAUUGUCUCAUAAUGGUACCUAUCUGGAUCUAGAAUCCACCCUAGCAGAGCAAAGAGAUGAAUUAGAAGGCUUCCAGGAGGAUGCUGGGAGGGGCAAGAAGCACAGCAUAAUUCUGAGGACCCAGCUGUCAGUGAGAGUCCAUGCCUGCAUUGAAAAACUUUACAAUUCCAACGGACGGGAGCUGAGACGGGCACUUUUUUCCUUGAAACAAAUAUUUCAGGAUGACAAGGACUUGGUUCAUGAGUUCGUUGUUGCUGAAGGUCUGACUUGCUUAAUCAAAGUGGGGGCAGAAGCUGACCAGAAUUAUCAGAACUACAUCCUGAGAGCUUUGGGCCAGAUAAUGCUUUAUGUUGAUGGCAUGAAUGGAGUGAUAAAUCAUAAUGAAACUAUCCAAUGGCUGUACACGCUUAUUGGCUCAAAGUUUCGCCUGGUGGUAAAAACAGCACUGAAGCUGUUGCUGGUGUUUGUGGAGUACACAGAAUCCAAUGCACCCCUUUUGAUCCAGGCAGUAUCUACUGUGGAUGAAAAGAGAGGAGCCAAGCCAUGGUCCAACAUCAUGGAGAUACUGGAGGAGAAGGAUGGAGUUGAUACAGAACUAUUGGUUUAUGCAAUGACCUUGGUUAACAAGACGCUGUCAGGAUUGCCAGAUCAAGACUCUUUCUACGAUGUGGUGGACUGUCUGGAAGAGCUAGGCAUUGAAGCUAUUUCACAGAGACACUUGAACAAGAAAGGAACAGACUUGGACUUAGUUGAGCAAUUUAACAUUUAUGAGGUGACCCUGCGGCACGAGGACGGCGAUGAGGGCGCGGAGCCGCCUCCCAGCGGGCGCAGGGACCGGAGGAGAGCCAGCCUGGGGGCCGGGGAGCGCCGGGGGCUGGAGCGCCGGCGGAGCCGCAGGCACUCGGCACAGAGCCUCAGGAGCAGCGCCUCGGCCCCGGGCAGCCCCUGCGGGCCGGCGAGCUUCGUGCUGAGCCACGGGCAGCGCGGGGACCAGCUCUGCGAGAGUGGGCUGAGAGCUGAGAGCCCCAUGGUCUCACAGGCUGAUAACAAGGAUGACAGUGCGUUUGAGGAUGAGUUUAAAGCAUCUUCAGUAGAGGACGAAUAUGAAGAGGAGGAAGAAGAACAGCCAGUCACAGAGCCCAAUACUGAGGAUGAGGGGGAGGAAGAGGCCGAUAGGCAGGUCAAAGCCAGUGAGGUUCCAGAUGUGCACGAGGCUGUGAAGGAAAGCUUUUCACAGUGUUCUGACUCUUCAGCUGUCUCCAGUGCCAUUUCUCCAGCUGAGAGGCCUCUCGCCUGCUCUAGAGCAAAGAGCUUUUCUAGCAACUCCUCUUCUGUGCCUGACUCAUCUGUCUCUCAUCAUAAUUCUCUCCUUUCAUCACCAUCUUCACCUGCAACAGCAUUGCUGAGCUCUCCCCAAAAUUCCUCUGCAUCCAUUACUCCAAAGGCAUCUCCAACGGUGGAGAAAUUACCUUAUGUACCACACACUCCUUUUCACCUCUUCUCCUAUGACUUUGAAGAGUCUCCAGCAUCUGUGAAAGAGAAGGAAGCAGAAAUGAUGAGGGAAAACAGAUACAAUAGCUAUGGCAGCAGCUCUUACUCUUCUCCACGACCUUAUGCUGGUGUGAGUGCCCCUACAACACCCACUACUCGUUAUGGGACAACUCUGUCACCGCCUCAGGAGACCAAAUCUGACAGGCCAGCUUUGGGUGGUCUCCUUACAUCAUCUUUUCGGCAGCACCAGGAGUCCUUGGCAGCAGAAAGAGAAAGACGGCGUCAGGAGAGAGAAGAAAGGUUGCAAAGGAUAGAACGUGAAGAAAGAAACAAAUUCAACCGUGAUUAUUUAGACAAAAGAGAAGAGCUAAGACAAGCAAGAGAAGAGAGAUACAAAUACUUGGAGAAGUUGGCAGCAGAGGAGUAUGAGAAGGAGCUGAAGAGUCGGAGUGUCAGCCGAGGCAGAAGUGAGCUGUCCUUGAAUCUGAGAUCUCCUUCAGCUCCAUCCUCACCUGUACCCAAGUGCAUCAGCCCAGCAUCCAUAGAGUCCCAGGAAGAGCUGAAGACCCCUUCCAUCCCAUGUGGAACUCCUCAGCCCUCAGAAGUGAGUGCCAGUGAACCCGAACCAGAGACAGAGACAGAACCAGAAGCAGAAGCAGAGCAGGAGGCUGAGGCUGAGGCCAAGCAGGGAACGGAGACACCCAAGGAAAUAGAGACUACAGAGGUGGGACCAGAGAGUGAGGUGGAGCAAGGACCAGAGAGAGAGCCAGAAGAAAGUGCAAUACUCAGUGAAAAGGAGAGGCAGAAUGAGGAAGUGAAUGAAAAAGACAACUGUUCUGCAUCCAGUAUAUCCUCAGCAAGCAGCACUUUAGAGAGGGAAGAGAGAGAGGACAAGUUAACCAGUGACAAUGAAACUGGUCCAUGGUCACAGACCAUUCAGGAUGCUGGUGUGAAUGAGCAGUGCAGCAACAUCCUCAACAACAAGCGGUUCAUGCUGGACAUGUUGUAUGCCCAUAACAAAAAGCCCAAAGAUGAAGAGGAGAAGGAGCUGGAGGCGAAGGAGGAAAAGAAGGAGACGGAGGAAAGCGAGGAGUCACUCACUAGCCUAGCCAGCAGGAUCUCUAUUCUUCAGGCCACAAAGCAGGCCAAAGAUGAAAGUGUCAAAAAGAUGGAGAUUGGAAAUCUGGACAACCAAGGCAGUGUGAAAGCCUUUGCAGAAAAGUUUAACAGUGGUGAGCUGGCUAAGGGGACAGCUGAAGAUGAAAUCAAUGAACAGGUCCCCGAGAAAACACCAGCACAGACAAAGAAGGAAUCUGAUUACAUAUGGGAUCAGCUCAUGGCUAAUCCUCGAGAACUGAAAAUCAAAGAUAUGGAUUUUACAGACUUGGGGGAGGAGGAUGAUGUAGAUGUGUUGGACAUGGAUAUGGGUCCUGGGGACUCCCUUGCUCCCCCUCCUCCACCUCCACCUUCUUUUCUGGGUUUGCCUCCUCCACCGCCUCCCCCCUUGUUUGGAUGUCCACCUCCACCUCCGCCCUCUGCUAAUUUAUUGGCUCCUCCUCCACUGUUCAGCUCUCCUCAGGGUUUAGGGUCACCCCAGGUUUCCAGGGGUCAGCCAGCAUUUAUAAAGAAGAAGAAAACCAUCCGUCUGUUUUGGAAUGAGGUACGGCCAUUUGAGUGGCAGUGUAAAAACAACAAACGCUGCAGAGAAUUCCUGUGGUCCAAACUGGAACCCAUUAAGGUGGACACUUCCAAACUGGAGCAUCUCUUUGAGUCUAAAUCCAAGGAACUGCCUGUCACAAAGAAAACUGCUGCAGACGGGAAGCGACAGGAGAUCAUUGUGUUGGACUCCAAGCGAAGCAAUGCCAUUAAUAUUGGCUUGACUGUGUUGCCCCCUCCCCGCACCAUCAAGACUGCUAUUUUGAACUUUGAUGAAUAUGCCUUAAAUAAGGAAGGAAUAGAGAAAAUCCUGACCAUGAUCCCAACGGAGGAGGAAAAGCAGAAGAUCCAGGAGGCGCAGCUGGCGAAUCCCGAUGUGCCCCUGGGCAGCGCCGAGCAGUUCCUUCUCACCCUCUCCUCCAUCAGCGAGCUCUCUGCCAGGCUCCAGCUCUGGGCUUUCAAGAUGGACUAUGAGAUAGUGGAAAAGGAAGUUGCAGAACCACUGCUAGACCUGAAGGAGGGAAUGGACCAACUGGAGCACAAUAAAACUUUGGGGUUUAUCCUUUCCACUCUACUAGCCAUUGGGAACUUUCUGAAUGGAACCAACGCCAAAGCUUUUGAGUUGAGCUACCUCGAGAAGGUUCCAGAAGUCAAGGACACAGUGCACAAACAGUCCCUCCUGCACCACGUCUGCACUAUGGUGGUAGAAAAGUUCCCAGACAGCACUGAUCUUUAUUCAGAGAUUGGGGCCAUCACUAGGUCAGCCAAGGUUGACUUUGAACAACUCCAGGAAAACUUAUGUCAGAUGGAAAGACGGUGCAAAGCAUCAUGGGAUCACCUUAAGGCUAUAGCAAAGCAUGAAAUGAAGCCAAGUCUAAAGCAAAAAAUGUCUGAGUUCCUUAAAGACUGUGCAGAAAGAAUCAUAAUCCUGAAGAUUGUUCAUAGAAGAAUAAUUAACAGGUUUCACUCAUUUUUGUUAUUUAUGGGCCAUCCUCCCUACGCAAUACGUGAAGUCAACAUCAAUAAGUUCUGCAAAAUUAUAAGUGAAUUUGCUCUGGAGUACCGCACCACCAGGGAACGAGUUCUGCAGCAAAAACAGAAACGAGCCAACCACAGGGAGAGGAACAAGACCAGAGGGAAAAUGAUAACAGAUUCCGGCAAGUUCUGCAGCAGCUCCCCUCCCUGCCCGAGCCAGCCGCAGGGCCUGCAGUACGCCGAGGACGCCGCGGAGCACGAGAACAUGAAGGCCGUGCUCAAGAGCUGCUCGCUGGCCGGGGACAGCGCCGUGGCGCUCGGCGUCCGCACUCGGAGCCGCGCCAGCCGAGGCCGUGUUGGCUCGUGGAACGCUGGCACCGACGACUCGCCGAGCGCGACGGAUGACGCCGCGGAUGAGAUCAUGGAUCGCAUUGUCAAAUCCGCCACCCAAGUGCCAAGCCAGCGAGCCGUGCCUAGAGAGAGGAAGCGGUCACGAGCCAACAGGAAGUCAUUGAGAAGGACACUAAAGAGUGGGCUAACACCAGAAGAAGCCAAAGCACUGGGCCUCAUCAGCACUUCUGAGAUGCAGGUUUGACAUCCCAGGGGUGGCACCAAGAAGAGCCGUUCAUCUGAAGCACACAGGCUGAGAACCCUUCAGCAUGGCAUUGAACUGCCAGCCUCCUCUGCUGCUCCCAACAUCCCAUCCUCUGUUAGUUCCAUUUUAAUCAGCAACAAAAAGCAAAACCCCACAUCCAGGGCAGAAGAAGGGUGUGCCACAGCUCAGCAUGACAUCCAGACGGUAACUGAGGAAGUAUUUGAGUGUUCCUAAAUGAAAGCACAUGGCUUCUUCUCCUCGUGGUGUGUUGAUGUGGGUAGGAGGGGGCUCUCUGAGUUAUCUGUCAUUAUGUGAGCUGUGUUUAAGUUGGCUUUACUUGUGCCCUGUUUUAGUCAUUGUAAAUGUAUGGCAUUUUGUCAAUGCAAGGAACAGUCCUUAAAGAGGCAAAAUAACUCUUGUUACAGCAACCCAAAUUUUCUUCAAGCAGAUUCAUUAAGCAAAGAUGCACAGUCUGUACAACCCUGUGGUGUGUGGGGUUUUUUAUUAUUUUGCCACCAAAGAAUGUAAAAAUAUGUGUGUACCUUUGUAUAUGUACAGAAUGAAUGUGUGGACAUGUGUGCAUGUAUCUGUACAUAUGCAGUCAUGGUGUGAAAUCAUGCUUUUGCUGAAGCCAGCUGGACCAUGAUUUUCACUGUGGGGCCUUACUGUUCCACCUGGACAGGAGGAAAAGAAUGUCUUUUUUGCAGGAACUCAGUGCUGUUCAGUGUGAUUCACCCUGUGGGGCAGGCCAUGGCCUGCAAUACAAGUGGAGAGUUUAGGAUCCUGAAUUCAUGUGCAUAAGGCACACUCAUACAGUACAUAGCAGCAUGCACACAGAGGAGAGGACACAGUUCCUCCCUCUUGUUGAGCUAUGGUUGUACUUUGCAUUUGUACAGUUUCAGAGAGAUCUACAUCAACAAUUUUACAUACUAAAAUGCAUUUGGAUGCUAAGAUCAAGAAGUUUUGUUCACUUGCCUGUGCCCUUCAUGCUGCUUUUCUCUGCUGCAAGAUAAUGUGAUGGUGAUUUUUUUUCAAUUUAAUGAAUCUGAAUAUGAAAUAGCCCUGCUAAAAAGCCUGCUGUGUUUUUGCUGUUCUAUACUGUGAUUAUUUGUGAUUAUCCUUGAUACAAGUGGAGUGGGUACCACAGUAAACAACUCCAAUAUAUUUGCCCCUAUCUCACAGUUUUAUAAAUGACUUUUGUAACUGCCCUCAGCAUGUUUGAAGAACCUUUAGUCAACUCAUCUGCCUUUAAGUGGAGGACAUAUACAGCAGUGAAGAUCAAUUGAACAGUCACCCCAACCACUGCUGAAGUAUUUUGAAGAGAACUGCAAACAACAAUAACAUAAAAGGGAACCUUUUAAGCCAAAGUCUGUAUAUGGCCAAUAGAUUCUCAAGAAUGCAUAAGAUUGUUUCUUUCCAUUGCCUUAGCCUCUAAGAUUAAGGAUUUGUCUGCACAGCAGUAACAGCUGAGACUUCUUCAAGCUGGUUAAGUGAGGAACUGCAGCAGUUUAGUCAUGGUAACAGGGUUUGAUUUUGGCUGCAAAACACACUUGGAAAAUAGAGUUAAAUUACAGUCUUUGCUGGGGUCCUAGUGCCAUAGCUGUGUUGCUUCUGGCACCCAGGUAAGGUACUUCAAGUUAUUCUGCUCUUCUCUCUUUAAGGACAGGAUAAUCACUAAUGAUUGUUCAAGAGAGUUGAACCAAACACAAUAAACCUUUGAAACCAUGGUCAUCCCUCACAUUGCAUUGAGCUCAGCACCCAAGUGAUGACAGAGCCAGGUAGCUGCCAACACUGCAGCGAGACCUGUGGCUGAACAUCCUACCUAUGCUGUCCACCCUCUUGAAUGUAACACUUCAUUCUUUAUCUGCAAAUUCCUUGGAUCUCCCAUGGAAUAAAAAGCCACUCAUGACCAAUGGUUCUUAAGAACAGCAUUGAGUUUGAUGUGGUUUUCCCCUCCAUUUGUUAAAAAGCCGAUUUUACAAGUAGACAGAAGGCAGUAGUUGGGUAAUCAAUACAAUAUGUUGUGUAUUUGAAGGCUGUGGAAAGGAAGAAGCUGGUUAGGAAACAGAAGUGACACAUAACUAAUUUCACUGUAAAAUAGGCAAGACCUACGAACAUCUGGAUUUUAAUGUGGAUCUUUAUGUGCUGCUCAUCGCUAUGGAUUUUAAAGUCUUGCACAAGGAUGCUUAGAACAAAGAACUGAAGGUAAUGGGGGUUUGUGGAGGUGUGUGAAGUCUGAAACGAGAGGAAGACACCCUGAAUGUCAUGAUCAUGUUGAAUUGUGCUACUUGCUAAGUGAUAAAAAAAGCAAAAAAUCAAAAAUGCAACAAAGUACAUGUAUGCUGGCAGAGAUCCUAUAUUUGGAGGGAGAAAAGCAAAAAAGUCUUUAAAAAUUAGUAUUUUAAUUAAAAUAUGCUGAAUGUGCAAAAUUGGUGACCACUUGGCUGUUGGUGGCCACUUUCUAACAGGGAACAAAUUUGUGUUUCAUUUAAGCACAGUACAGUGUCUGUCUCUGAAACAUAACAUAGCUGAUUAAUUACUAAUAGUUGGGCACAUGUAUUUUCAAAAUUGUGCAAAAAUUGUGCAAAACUUUAUAUGCUCCUUAUCCAGGAGAACAUUAAAUAUGGAGAAUAAUAUAGGUUGGAAUAAGUUCAGUGGAAAAAAAAAGGUGGUUUCUUUCAGAUUCUCUGGAUGUGUCUUACAUGUGAAGCAGAUUCUUCCUUUUCUGUUUUUCCAAGGCAUUUGUUUUUCUGUUUGUGCUCUCUAUCUGAAAAACUGAUAGCAACUUUUCUGAAGAAUAAUUUGGUCUUGUUUAUGCACUAGUAUACAGUCAGAUAAAUUCCACUGUCCUCAGCAUUUACUGCAACAAAACUGUCAGACAUAAUGUAGCACAGUAACUACAGGAGAGCUUUCCAUUUUGGUUCCUGAUAAAAAUGAUCUACUAAUCUGUAAGUUGACAGUAUUUCCUCCAGAGUCUGCCAGCGUGUCCUGACUGUGGGAAUAACAUUUGUUCCCCUUCAUCUAACUAGGGAAUUCCAGAUGAAGUGGGGGAAUUCAUUAUAUCUGUGUGACUCUCUCUGUCUAGUGAGGUUUUGAGCUGCUGCCUGCCCUCCCAUCAUUGGAAGAGCCCACCAUAAGGAUGUAACACUUGUUGUAAGACAAGUUUUGUAUGAGAUAUGACUUGACAAAGAUAAAAGUCUUGGAUACACAAUGUAGUAUGUUCCCAUUUCUCACUCAGAGAUCCAUGAAGGCUGUUUUUAAACACUUGCAGCCAUUAUAACUACCUCUCUUCCCUUUCUGAUAGAUACAGUCAGCUGCAAAUGCAGUGCCCAGAGCAUUGUGUCUGAGUGCCACCAUAAUGCCUUCCUGAUCUGGAUGCUGAGGUAAACAUUAGCACAUGAAAUAACCUCCAAAGGGAAGCUAUGCUCAUUUUCAUUCAUCUCACUUGAUGUUUAAAAGCAGACUGCAUGCAGAUACUUUCUAUAAUCUCACUCCCAAGUGGAGAUAACGCCCAGUUGCAGUUGUGUGGCUGCAGUGAAGAAACCCCCAGGGAAUGUUUGUGUGCCACACUUGAGAGUAAAAGAUCCCUCACUAAAGUUAAAUUCAUCACUCUUCACCUUUCAGUCAGGCCAGGCACCAGGCUCAUAGAUUCCAGAUGUUUUAUAGCCCCUUGGCUGCUAUGUAUGGCCUUUCUGUUUGAUAGCUCCUUGUCCAUAAUCCAAAGUCAACAAGAAAAUGGUGGUUUAAUGAGGGUCUUUCUUUCUCCCUUGAAUCCUGGAGCUUCAAACAUGGUUUUAAAAAUGCAUUUCUUUUUGUCUUUUGACACCCUUUUCAGUGAAUCUCUGCAGUGGGUGAUUCUGUCAGCAAAAUAAGGCAUCAGUUUAGUAGACAGACAAGACUUUGGCUUUAGCAUAAUAGAUAAUCACAUGUAAAUAUCAAGACAUGAGUUAUUGUCCUAAUUUAAUAGAAAUUUUGAGUCAGUCUUGAUGUGAGUGAACAGGAAUGGUUUCCUGUAAGGCACUGCCUGCCUCUAUCCGAAGGAUGCACGGGGACAUCAUUAGGCAGAAGCAGGAGCAUAUUCCUCUCUCCUUUUCACUCCUGCAGCUCACUGCACACGUUCCAAUCCUCCCAUCUCCUUCAAGGCAGGCUGAGUGUGCUCUGCUGGGCAGCCUCACCCUGGGACACAGUCAGAUGGUGGCUCUGUGCUUGCAGCAGCAGGACACAAGAAACACUUGUAUAAGCUGGCAGGGACACAACUGUUGAUGUUCCUCUGGAGGAAAAACUGCCAGGUACUUACAGGCUCUGAAAGAAAAUUAACUGCAGUGUUUUUGAAUGAGAAAAUGUUUGGUUGUAGGCAACCAUUGAAAACCAUUCACAAACAUUUGAACAGCAUGUAGGGCCCACCUUGCUUUGCUUCAGCUGGGGCAGCAACUGGCUCAAUUGGCAUUUGUCAAAAAGUUUUUGGCAAGGAGUUUAAUAGCAAGGAGUUUCAGAGAUGUAUAGUUUGAUGUUUAUGCCAAAAAAAAAAAAAAAUCUAAUUAGUCCAUUUCACAUUGAGUGGCAGAUAGAGAUAUAUUUUGUUUAAUCACUAUCUAAUGCAGAGGCUUCUGUGAAAGAAAAGGUUUAUUUGUAGCAUUGGAUGCAUUUCUCCUUUUUAAAGACUGUCUUUGCGCAUUUAGUGUCCUUUUUUGUGAGCUGGGAAUUGUAAAAAAAUGUAAAGUAGAAGAGGACGUGUUUCUUAGACGAAGGAGAAAUACUGUAAAAUUGUGUAAAUGUCACUACUCAUGUUUUUCCAUGUUCUGUGUAGCAUAGUGUAAAAUAGGCUCUCCAGCAGUGUUAUUCUGUGAAUUGUAAUUUAAAAAACAAGCCAUGCAUGGUCAGAGAUAUUACCUACAGGUCCUUUUGGUUGAGUUUUUUGUUUUGUUUGUUGUUUUCUUAUUUUAGGUGAAUUCAUUCUAUGUUAAAUUUAAUUGUCCAUGAAAAUGCAUUUUUGUUUCUGUUUUAUUUCAUAAAAAACUUGAAUUACUCUUUUAAGAUUUUAUUACACACAAAGCUCACCUACCGUUUGUAUUGGAUCCUCAAGAAGCGGUGUCACAUUUAGUAUAAACUAGGGGGGAUUUUAUUUUUAUCUGCCUCUUCUCCCCCCACUCUUCCCACUUUCCUGUCUGGAAAGAUCCAAUCACACCCUAUGUUUGUUUUUUUUUCUGUGCCAUGCAGGGUCAAUAUUGAAAACUGACCGCAGACCAGUGUUCAAAAUUUCUUGAUAUAAGUAGUUAAAAAGCUCACCUCUACAGCAUUAUGUAAACACAUCUUGCAAUAAAGCUUUAUAAAGCAC